AUGUCGACCGCGCGCGAGGACGACGUCGCACGCGGCGCGGAGGGCGCGCCGCGCGCGGACGUCGCCGUCCCCGACCGCGCGACGGAGGCGAAGGGCGGGGAAGCGCUUCCCGCGCCCACUCCCGAGGACGGCGCGGGGACGCGCGUCGUGCGCGUGGGCAGCGGCGUCGCGGUGCCGAUCGGGGAGGAGCGCGGACCGGUCGUCGUGAACGCGGACGGAUCGCUGUCGUCGAUCGCGAACUGGGACGAGAUGACCGACCGCGAGAGGGAGGCGACGCGACGACGGAUCGCGAAGCGGAACAACGCGCGCCUCGAAGCGUUGAAGGCGGCGGGCGGCGACGAGCGCGAGGGGAAGCGCGACGACGCGUCGUGA